UGCAGCCUAUAGAGCCGUGCAAGGCUUUUUAACCGGGUACAACCAGCCAGGCUUAAAGGAAACAUUAGGUCUUAAAUUCAGAGCAGCGAUUACAGCCGAGCGGUAGGUCUGAAGAGUAAAGGAAAUAUGAGCGACAAGGGGACAGUCUCGCCGAAAGAGAAGGAGGCAACAGAGAAGAGGGGGCGUGGAAGACCCCGCAAGCAGCCCCAGGUGAAGACCUCUGACGAACCAAGCGGGUCCCCUGCUCCAAAGAGGUCCAGAGGACGGCCGAAGGGCAGCAAAAACAAGACGGUCGUCAAGGGCAAAAAGGCAGCAGCAGCCCCAGCUGCAACGGGAAAACGCAGGGGAAGACCUAAGAAGGAGGAGAAGGAAGAAAAAGCAUCCCAGGAAUCAUCCGAGGAGGAGGAGGAAGAUGAAGAAGACCAGUAAUUCACAACGCAUGCUACCUCACUCAACAUACUGACUUACUGUUAACCAGAACUGGGCUGUAUCUCCAACACCAGGUGCCACCACAUGACCACUGUUUCACGACAAAGCCCCCCCCCUUUGCUCCAAAGGACGGGUUAACACAGUACAAAUAUCAUGCAACAGCACUGGAUAGAACGAUGGACCUUGCUCAAGCA